AUGCGCGCUACUUCUCUCUCGACAACAGCGACCUCUUCAGUCAGUUUGAAUAGCGAUAUCACUAAGGCAUUCGAACCUAUAAAGGCGACUCUCUCUCUCUCUCAAGCCAUUAAACAUGUCAUUAAUCCUCGUGAAAAGAAAGAGAAAAACGACAAAUACAAAAUUUUCAAAUUUCGUAUUUGUUUCUUUUUUAAAUCAUCUUUUUUUUUAUCUAUCUAUCUAUCUAUCUAUCUCUCUCUCUUUCUAUCUAUCUAUCUCUUUCUCGUUUUUCUUUUUGCUUCCAUUCUUUUUUCUUUAUUUUGCUUUCUACUUCGCUUGAUUUUCUCUUUUUCUAUUUCUUUUCUUUCUUUUCAGCUUUUCUCACAUUCAUUUUUUUUCCGUUGCAUCUUGAAUUUUUUUUUUUUUUUUUUAAAAUUUCUUUCUUUUUUUCCUUUUUUUUUCUUUCUCUUCCUUUCUUUUUUUCUCUUGUUCUCUUUCCUUUCUUUCAUUCUCCCUUUUCUUCUUUCUUUUCUUUUUUUCUUAAAUUUCUUUUACUUUCUUUUUUUUUUCUUUUCUUUAUUUGCGUCUUUUUUAUUAUUUCAUUCUUUUCUCUUCUUCUUUUCUUUCUUUUUUUUGAGCCUUUUUUCUUUCUUUUUUUCUUUUUUCUUCCUUUUUUUUUUCUUCUUGUCAUGUUUCUUUUACUUUCUUUUUUUUGGUGUGAUUCAUUCUUUAUCUAUCAUUUUUAUUAUUUCUUUUCUUCUUCUUCUUUUGUUUUUUUCUUUUUCUUUUCUUAAUUGGUUUUAUUUUUCUAUUUCUUUCUUUCAUUUUAUUUCUUUCAUUUCGUUCUUUGGUUUUUUCUUUUCGUUCUUUCUUUCUUUCUUUCUUUCUUUCUUUUCUUUCUUUCUUUCUUUCUUUCUUUUUCUUUCUUUUCUGUUUUUCUUUCUUUUUUCUUUCUUUCGUUCUUUCUUUCUUUCUUUCUUUCUUUUUCUUUCUUUUUUCUUUCUUUCUUUCUUUCUUUCUUUCUUUCUUUUUGUUCUUUCUUUCUUUCUUUCUUUCUUUCGUUCUUUUUCUUUCUUUCUUUCUUUCGUUCUUUUCUUUCUUUCUUUCUUUUUUUUUUCUUUCGUUCUUUCUUUCUUUCGUUCUUUCUUUCUUCUUUUCUUUCUUUUCUUUCUUUCUUUCGUUCUUUCUUUCGUUCUUUCUUUUUCUUUCUUUCUUUCUUUUUUUUUCGUUCUUUUCUUUCUUUCUUUCGUUCUUUCUUUCUUUCUUUCUUUCGUUUCUUUCUUUCUUUCUUUCAUAUUCCCACUCACUGUGCUUUUAUUUUUUUUAAUUCCCUUUUUUUCUUGGGAUAAAGUCGUCGACAGACUUGUCUCUGCUGACGCUAUUUUCGAUGGGGAAACCGAAAAUAACUCAAUUUCCCACGGAAUUAUUUCAUUUAAUGCAGUCCCUCUGAUUUCUUCCACAGCACCAUGA